AUGCAUUUCUCAGUCGUCCUCUCCGCACUUCCCAUCCUCGUGGGCUCCUUCGUCAACGCCGACCUCCACAGGGAAGGUCUUUGUGUCGAUGAAGUCGGCGGACAAUACGUGUACAACGCCGACGCAACAACAAAGGCAUGCGACGCAUAUCUGAAUCGCAACACUGGCGACCAGCAAUGGGAUACAUGUGCCGAUUGCAAGAUGACCGAAGUCGGCAAGCUCAACCUUUGUCAAUCGCUAGGGAAUCACAUCGGUGGUGAUGAGUUGAACUAUUACUGCAAGGAGAAUGGCGCUGGCAAUUCAUUAGCCUCAUAA